AAGGCCAUAACAUAGUUGAACUAUUACAAGCUGCAUUUGUUCGAAAGGUUCAACUCAAAAAUAUGAAUGUCAAAGUUAAUGUUACCGCUAUAGCUAACGAUACAGUUGGCACACUUGUAGCAAAUGCAUACAGCGAUCAAAAUACUAUAAUUUCAGUAGUUUUAGGUACGGGAACAAAUGCAGCUUGUAUUUGUACAACAUCAUCAAUAACAAAAGCCAAAUUCCCUUCAAAUGCACCAGAUUGUAUGAUCAUGAACACUGAAUGGAAUUUAAUGGGAAUAGAGUUUCUACCAUUUAUAAAAUAUGAUAGGAUCCUUGAUUUGCAAAGCCC